CCUAUUUACACUGAACAUUCAUUCAGUUCCAUUGCCAGCUCUCGGCUGAAGGAAAUAUUCAUGACGUUGCUGAGCCUACUAUCGUUUCAACAAGACGCGGUGACGUGCUCUGUUCUCUGAAACUUGGAGUGGUGCAAACAGUGAAUAUUGAGCAGAACUGCACAUCCCACAAACGGCAGCUGUGAUUUCUGUGGCUCAACACAACCUCCUCGGUUGUGGGGGUGGUGGGGGGCGAGUCAGUCUUGUUCGCGGCGGAUGCUGUUAGAUUUUUCCCCAAUGGAUACCAAUCAGCCAGAAGCUGAUGGACCAGAGGACAUGGAGAAUGAGGAAGGCCCAACAGCACCUCCUAUUGAAAUGUUGGACAGUGUAAGAGGCUACGAGGGAACUAUCGCAGGUGGAGAUGGAAACUACGUCUCUCCACCAGUGCACCUGUCUGACAAGAGGGACCGACCACAGCCGCAGCUGGAGUGGAGAAUUCCAUCCAUCACUGAAGAGGCAGCAAGAGAGGCAUUGACAGAGUUUGCUGAUGCUCACUGCUGUUACAGCAGCCACCCUGCCCAAGACAUGGUCUUUCAGGAUCUCACACCUUUCAACAUGUACAGGUAUCGACUGGAAACUUUCACUGAAACCCGGUCAACUGAAUGGGCGCAUGAGCCGUUUACUGGUCAGCCUGUUGACAGUGCUGAAUGUGGAUCUCCACCCCUUCCAUGGGAAGUGAUUGUUGAGGUCCCACCGUUGUUUCAGGAUUCUGUGAAGAAGGUUCCAGUUCCUCACACUGCAGCUGUCAAGUGUUGCCACAAGUGCAAGGGCCGGGGGAGAUAUAGGUGUUCGCAGUGUGGUGGAAAAGGAAUGCUCAAAUGUCUGCCGUGUGGUAGUCGAGGAAUAGUGCACAGAAAUAAGAGGUGCAUCCAGUGUGGAGGCAGAGGGGUAAAAAGGUGUGGCCCUUGUCUAGGCCGAGGCACUCGGACCUGCCAUGUCUGCAAAACCAGUGGCUAUCUGCUGUUCUACAUACAGCUGACAGUAAAAUGGACCAAUAAUGUCUUUGAACAAGUGGCUGACCAACAAAUCGGACUUCCUGUGGCACUCUUCAAUGAAGUGACUGGACAGAAUGUGUUUGCUGAUGAAAGCUAUCAGGUCUACACUAUUGCUGGUUUUCCAGACUCACUAAUUGAUCAGAUUUCCCAGCAAGGGGUUCAACAACACCAGGAAAAGUUUGGCAGAACAGCGUGUAUACUUCAGCAGCGACAGACAAUUGAACUGAUUCCUGUAACCAAAGUGCACUUCCAGUGGAAAGGACGGGAGAACAGCUACUUUGUGUAUGGUGCAGAAAACAAUGUCUAUGCUCCGGACUAUCCCAGCAAGUGCCAGUGUACCAUUCUCUGAUGUCCAGCCUUUAGUAUCUUUCUAAGGAAAACCUUAACCUGAGCACCGCCCCCCACCUCACACACACCUCCAGUGUCCAGCCACCUCAGAGAAAGGGGACUGGGGGUGCUGGACAGGGGAGCGGUAAAGAGUUUUCAAUAUUAUUGAGAAGAAUAAAGUGUUGUUUCUUUGCUUGUUAGGACUGUCAUAUCUUCCUCAACCAACACCAUCACAAAGCAGGUUAAUCAGUCAAACGCUCUUUGCCAAUUGCAAGCUUUCGAAGCUGGUUAAUUGGUCAUGGCAGCAGUGAUAUUUUGGUAGUGGUAAUUUGUAGGGGGAGGGGUGGUGUACAUCUCAUUCGACAGUGUAAACCACAUGAUAAUGAGUCAAAAGCCAGUUCUGUAUCUCUCCUGACCUCAAUCCUCAAUAGAAGUUGCAUUUGGAGUAGCUGUAAAGCAACGCAGCCAGAACCAAGACCUAUACCAUGGAGAAAACAGGUAUCAUUUAAAUAGAAAGUGCUCUCGAUGAACUUUCUACUCCUAUAAAGUUCUAUUGUUGUCUAUGAAUAUUAACGCUCACUCAUACUACAUUAGAUUUGGAGUCUGUGAUCCUGGUAUAUGGGCGCCACUGGUAGACCUCCGGGUCCAAUAAAUUGUGCCACAUGUUUACUGGUGCAUAAGUAAAUGAAUGCACGUGGUAAAAAUGAAUACCAUUCACUUUAUAAAUAAAGAUUAGUUUAUUUAUAGUCUAUCAAUGUUUUAUCUUAGCAUUGUUGAGCACAUUGCCAUGAGCACAUAAUAGUGGCAGUGAGCCCAGGGUUCCAUUUAGCAGAUGCUUCCUGCUGUUCUACCUUGUCAGCCUGAACGUCUUGUUUACAUGUUAAUCUCUAAUAUUCCCCCUCACCAGCCUCUGUGCUCAUGCUGCACUUAUAUCACAACAGCUGCACAUAGUGACACCACUGAUCCCAGCCAGAAGUGACAUGAUUCCCUUGUGGACCUUUACUGCUGUAAAGUGGCUGGGAUUUAUUUUCUGCCCAGACUUUGUGUUCUGUGACUAUCCUGCACCUCCUACAAUUUGCCGGAGUGUAAUCUGCUGCACGUGGGACACUCUGCUGCAUUUUCAGUCAUAGGUUCAAAACAUUCUCAAUCCCAAUCUCACCCACCCAUUGACUGAUACCUACAUGACUCUGGAGGCAGUGCUGUAAUAUGACUAGGCUAGCUCCUGUGGCCAUGGAGCAUUCUGGCUGUGACCUAAGAGUAUCCUCAGUGUUAGUGCCAGGCACUUGAAUCUGGCUACGGGUUUGGCAAUGCUUUGAGCCUGCCUCUGGUGGUCUGAAAUGUGCUUUUGCAUUCCUAGCAAGCGAGACCCUCCCUUAAACAUCCACUCUAGAGCUUAAAAUCGUCCCAAAUAAUUUUGAACCUCCUACUCAAGAGUUUAAGAGCAAAAUCUGGACUGACAUCCCAGUGCAUUGCCAACGGCGUAUUGCACAGUUGUCAGAGUCAUAUUUUCUAUAAGAAGUUAACCAGGGGCCCUAAUCAGUCUCUCAGGUGUAAAGAAAAGAUUUGAUAGCACUGUUUGAAAGAUGAGCAGGGUUUGACACCAGUGUCUGGCAGCACCUGUGGAGAGGGAGAAGCAAAGUUAAUGUUUGACGUGUGAUAUGACUUUUCAGUUCUGAUUCAGAUUUGCGGCAUCCAGUGUCAGUAUUAGGUCUCAUGGGCGGUUUGUCUGUAUACCUUUAACAGACAUGCUCAUGAUUUCAUCAUUGUAUCAUAACAUGUAAUCUGAAGCUAUAAAGAUCUCAUAUCAAUCUUACCUUGGAUAAUUUGAGGCAUGACCCUCUACUGAAAGCAUACUCCUUUUGUUGAACCUAACAAAUUACUGUUAGCUCAGACAUAUAUGUACCUGAGGAAUAUAAUGUUUGUAUAUAAUAGUUAUUU